AUGACUGAAGCGGGAGAGGUAGAGGAUGAAAUUCAAUUUCUGCGAACGAAUGAUGAGCUGGCGCUGCGCUGCUCCCUGUCGGCACAGCAGAGGCAGCAGAAGUUCUGCCUGGCAGCGGAAGGCUUUGGCUGCCGGCUCUGCUUCCUGGAGACCACGUCCAACUCUAAAAAUGUUCCCGUGGACCUGUCCGUCUGCGUGUUUGUGCUGGCCCAGUGUCUGUCAGUCCGUGCCCUGCAGGAGAUGCUGGCCAAACAGAGUCACCGGCAGACAGGGGCGGUUGAGAUGGGAAGCCACCGCACUCUCCUCUACGGCCAGGCCGUACUGCUGCGUCAUGCCUACAGUGGAAUGUACCUAUGCUGUUUGUCCACAACUUACUCUUCCACUGAUAAGCUGGCGUUUGAUGUAGGGCUGCAAGAGGAAAUAAUAGGCGAGGCAUGCUGGUGGACCGUGCACCCUGCCUCCAAGCAGAGGUCUGAGGGAGAGAAAGUACGAGUUGGGGAUGACUUAAUACUCGUCAGCGUCUCCUCAGAGCGAUACCUGCAUCUGUCCCAGUCUAACUGUACCAGCUCAGGGGAUGAGAUUGGGAGUCUGAGGGUGGAUGCUGCCUUCCAGCAGACCCUGUGGAGUGUAGCCUCCAUUUCCUCAGGAAGUGCAGUGGCUCAAGGGUACCUCAAAGGAGGGGACACGUUCCGCCUCCUGCAUGGACACACUGAUGACUGUUUAACGGUUCCACCUGUGGAACAUGGAGAAGAGGAACGCAGGUCGGUGUGCUUUGAAGGAGGUUCUACGUCAUCGGAGGCCCGUUCUCUCUGGCGGCUGGAGACCAUGCGUGUGGCAUGGAGUGGGAGUCACACCCACUGGGGUCAGUCGUUCCGCCUGCGCCAUGUUACCACAGGGAUGUACCUGAGCCUCACGCAGGACAAGGGCUUGAGACUGAUAGAGAGGGAGAAAGCCGACGCCAAAGCCACCGCGUUCUGCUUCCGCUCUUCAAAGGAGAAGCUCGAUAUUGUCCAGAGGAAGGAUGUAGAUGGAAUGGGCACGGCCGAGAUAAAGUAUGGAGACUCAAUCUGCUUUGUUCAGCACUUGGACAGUGGCCUUUGGCUCACUUACCAGACUGGUCAGGGAAAGAGAAUGGCCGGGGCCCCACGCCAGGCCAUUCUGCACCUGGAGGGCCACAUGGACGACGGCGUGACUCUGUCCCGCUCCCAGAGCGAGGAGUCCAGAGCUGCUCAGAUCAUCAGGAGCUCCGUCCGCCUCUUCUCCCGCUUCAUCAGAGGACUGGACGACCUUGGUCAGAGAUCUAACACACUGGCUCCAGCGCUGCCAAUUGCCACGGUCCGCUUGAGUCUGCAGGAUCUCAUUAGCUACUUCCAGCCUCCUGAUGACUACCAGGGUCAAGAGGAAAGACAGAACAGCAUGAGGGCUCUGAAGAACAGACAGAACCUCUUCCAAGAGGAGGGGAUAAUUGGCUAUGCAUUAGACUGUAUUGAUCGCCUGCAUGCGUACGGCAACGCUGGCCAUUUUGCUGAGGCAGCAGGAAGAGAGGCAGGAGAGGAAUGGGAGUCGCUCUUGAACUCACUCUAUGAGCUCCUGGCAUCUUUGAUCAGGGGUAAUAGGAAUAAUUGCGCCCAGUUUUCCGGGUCACUGGAGUGGCUGAUUGGAAGGCUGGAGAAGCUAGAUGCCUCCUCUGGGAUUCUGGAGGUGCUACAUUGUGUCCUUGAAGAAAGCCCCGAGGCUCUUAACUUUAUCAAAGAGGGACACAUCAAAUCGAUUAUAUCUCUUUUGGACAAGCAUGGUUGCAAUCACAAGAUUCUAGAUGUGUUGUGUUCACUGUGCGUGUGCCAUGGGAUGGCAGUACGCUCCAACCAACAUUUCAUCUGUGAGAAUCUGCUCCCGGAGAGAGACCUGCUUCUGCAGACCCGCCUCUGCAAUCAAGUCACGAGUGUGAGGCCCAAUCUCUUCCUGUGCAUGAAUGAAGACUCGGCUCAGUGCAGGAAGUGGUACUUUGAGCUGGUCGUGGAGAAGGCGGAGCCAUUUGUCACCGCUGAACCCACUCACCUGCGCGUGGGUUGGGCCUGCACGGAGGGCUACCACCCCUCCCCCACCGGUGGACACGGCUGGGGUUCGAAUGGAGUCGGCGAUGACCUCUACUCCUAUGGCUUUGAUGGGCUUCAGCUAUGGUCAGGUGGUGUUGGCCGGAGCGUGAGCUCACCCAGUCAGCACCUGCUGAGGGAGGAUGACGUGGUCAGCUGUUGCCUUGACCUUGCCACUCUCUGCAUGUCAUUCAGGGUCAACGGUCUCCCCGUGCAGGGCAUGUUUGAGAACUUCAGCACAGACGGACUGCUUUUUCCUGUGGCCAGUUUCUCAGCUGGAGUGAGGAUCUGUUUCCUGUUGGGCGGUCGUUUCGGGGAGUUUAAGUUCCUGCCCCCUCCUGGUUUCUCGCCCCUGUCCGAGGCUCUUCUGCCCCGGGUCAGGUGCAGGGUGGAGCCCUGUCUGGACUUCAUGAGGCAGCGUGACAGUCGCCAGCAUGACCUGCUGGGACCAAGGGUGGCACUGAAGCCUCCCACCUUUACUCCCGUCCCUGUGGACACCAGUCAGGUGGCCUUCCCCCCUCAGCUGGAACAGAUUCGGGAGAAGCUUGCUGAGAACCUCCACGAGCUCUGGCUCAUCAGUAUGGUUGAUCAAGGCUGGAUCUACGGGCCGGUAAAAGAAGAAAAUAAGAAACAUCAUCCGGAUCUGGUCGAGUUUUCCAAACUGCCAGACCAAGAGAAAAAUAUGAGCCUUCAGGCUGCACAGCAGACACUCAGGACACUCCUGGCUCUCGGAGUCCAUAUUGGGCUGUCAGAUGACCGUGCUGAUGAGAAGGUCAAAUAUGUCCGACUCUCUAACAAGUAUGAGCUGUGGAAUGGGUAUCGACCCUCUCCUGUCGAUCUGUCUCACGUCACCCUGACCGCUGCCCAGGAGGCCAUAGUGGACCGUCUGGCAGAGAAUGACCACAACCUGUGGGCCAAAGACAGGAUCAGACAAGGAUGGAGCUAUGGGCCACAGCAGGAUGUGAAGGGCAAGAGGAGUCCUCACCUGGUGCCCUUCUCUCUGCUGGACGAGCGGAGGCAGAGGUCCGGCAGUGAGGCUGUGAGGGACGCUCUGAGCACCGUACUGGCCUAUGGCUACACCGUGGAGCCCCUGGACCAGGAGCAGAGUACCCUUUCCCUGGCUGAGAAGUUCAGAAUAUUCCGUGUUGAGCGCUCCUACUCUGUGCAGAGAGGGAAGUGGUACUUUGAGUUUGAGGCAGUGACCACGGGGGAGAUGAAGGUGGGCUGGGCUCAGUUUGGCUGUAAGCCUGACCUGGAGCUGGGCUCAGACGACCAGGCCUUUGUUUUUGAUGGCUGCAAGGGGCGUCUCUGGCAUCAGGGCAGUGAGCAGCUGGGUCAUGCUUGGCAGAUGGGCGAUAUCGUGGGCUGCAUGCUGGAUCUUGACCAGUGCACUAUGAUGUUCACACUAAACGGGGAGCUUUUGCUGAACGACCACGGUUCCGAGCUCGCUGCCAAAGACUUUGCGGUCCAAGAUGGUUUCAUGCCUGUAUGCAGUGUAGGGGUGAACCAGGUGGGUCGUCUACAUUUUGGCCAACAGGAUGACCCCCUGCGUUACUUUGCUGUGUGUGGACUCCAGGAGGGCUACCAGCCAUUCGCUCACAACAUGAGCCGAGACGUUCCUCUGUGGAUGAGCUGGAAACAGCCCCAUUUCACCCCUGUUCCUCCAGACCACGGCCACAUUCAGGUAACUCGUCUUGAUGGGACAGUGGACCGAUCACCUUGUUUGAAGGUGACACAAAAAUCAUCGGGGUCAAAGCAGGGCACCAGUGGCACAGUCACCUCUGACAUUGGCUACUACCGCCUCAGCUUGCCCAUCGAGUGUGCCGAGGUUUUCUCCCGGCCAGUAGAGGGUGCAGUCCCCUGCAGCAGCACUGCUUAUCACCCCAAGUCCAAGAGAGUCUCCGAGGAGGGGGAGACGGACUCCGAUUUUGAGGUCCUGAUGAAGUCAGCUCGCCGGCACGCUGUAUGCGAUGAACUCAACCCCCACAAAGACUACGGCCAAGAAAAGCCUUCCAGACUGAAACAGCGUUUUAUGUUGAAGCGACCUAAACCAGAGCUGACCGCAAGCCACUCCUCGGCCCGCCUGCUGGAAGAAGUGGUGGCCACCGAGAGGGACGAGGACAAGAGCCUCUCCCACUGCUCCACGUACUACUACUCCGUCAGGCUGCUGCCUGGUCAGGAUCCCUCCUGCGUCUGGGUCGGUUGGGUCACCUCCAGCUUCCAGCAGCAGCAGCAGCAGCAGCCGGCCUUCGACCUGGACAGGGUUCGCACGGUCACUGUGACACUUGGGGAUCAACAGGGCAAAGUUCACGAAAGUGUAAAGCGCUGCAGCUGCUACAUGGUGUGUGCGGCGGAGGCUAUGAACCCCUCUCACAGUCGUAGCAGCGGCGGACUAGAGAUCGGUUGUCUCGUAGACACAGCAACAGGACUCCUCACCUUCACUGCCAAUAGAAAAGAGCUGGACACCUACCAUCAGGUGGAGCCCUGCACCAGGUUGUAUCCUGCCGUGUUUGCCAAAGCCACAAGCUCUGACAUGUUUCAGUUUGAGCUCGGCAGGAUUAAGUUUGCGAUGCCCGUGUCGGCGGGUAUGUUUCGGGGCGAGAGGAGAAACCUGGUGGCCCAGUGCCCCCCGCGGUUACACGUGCAGCAUCUGGAGCCCUACCAUUGGCUACGCGUGCCUGACCACUCCCCCAGGGUGGAGGUGACGCGCAUGGACGAGAGGCAUGGCUGGAGGGUGCAGUGCGACAGCCUGCUGCAGGUCAUGACCCUUCACAUCCCUGAGGAGAACAGGUGUGUGGAUAUUCUCGAGCUGUCAGAGCUUGAUGACCUCCUGACCUUCCACCAGCACACCCUUCGUCUGUACUCUGCCCUCUGUAGCCAUGGCAACACUCACGUGGCGCACGCCAUCUGCAGCCACGUGGACCAGUCGCAGUUCUUCUACGCCCUCCAGUGCCGCCAGAUGCCCGGCCCGCUGCGCGACGCCUACUACGCCCUCCUCAGCGAGGUCCACCUCAACGGCCACGCCGGCGCCCGGCGGGCCAUGACCCACGAGUACAUCGUGCCCAUGACGGACGACACGAGGUCCGUCACGCUCUACAACAGCCACAAGAGGCGCCACUCGCUGCCCGGCAGCGUCCGCAGCGGCUCCCUGUGGCCCCGGCUGCACUUCAGCGCGCCCUGCUUCGUCCGGCCCGAGCGGGCGGCGGCGGCGGACGGCGGCGAGCCUCCGGCGGACGGCAGGGCAGGGGACGUCCAGCAGGACAGCCCGGCGUUCCCGCUGGAGCGGCUCAAGGCGCUGCUGGUGGAGAUGCUGCGGAGGGCCGUGCGCGCGGCGGGGCGGUGCGUGCGCGAUCCUGUAGGGGGCAGCGUGGAGCUGCUGCUGGUGCCCCUGCUGCGCCUGCUGCACACGCUGCUCCUCAUGGGGGUGUACCGGGGCCCGGACCUGCGGGCAGCUCUCCGACUCAUCCUGCCCGCCGUCUACAUACAGAACUGGGCCAUCGCCGAGGAUGAGGAUGAGGAUGAGGAUGAGGAUGAGGAAGAGUUGGAGAUGGAUGCUGAUGGAGACAGAGAUGAAAGUCUGGGAGGCUUCCCCAAGCAAAGUCUACUGCAGAUGAAACUGCCCGAGGCUGUUAAACUGCAAGUGUGUCACUUGCUGGAGUACCUGUGCGACUGUCAGGUGCGCCACAGAGUGGAGGCGGUGGUGGCCUUCGCCGAUGACUUUGUGGCGCGUCUCCAGGACAACCAGCGCUUCCGCUACAACGAGGUCAUGCAGGCGCUCAACAUGUCUGCCGCCCUCACGGCGCGCAAGACUAAAGAGUUCCGCUCUCCUCCUCAGGAGCAGAUUAACCUGCUGCUUAAUUUCCGUGAGGAGCAGCUGGAGUGCCCGUGCCCAGUGGAGAUCCAGGAACUGCUGCAGGAGUUCCACGGUGAUCUCACGACUCACUGUGGCAUCGAGAUUGACGAGGACUCGGAGACGGGGGAUGACGGGGGUCUAUCCGUCAGGGGUCGGCUCUUCGGCCUGGUGGAGAAAGUGGCCAGCCUCAAGCGACGGCUCUCCCUGUGUCCCCUGGAAUCUGUCAUCGCCAAGCCUGUGUCCCUGCGGCAGAUGAUAUCGGAUGCCAUGCUGCGCUGGGCCCAGGAGGCGCCCAUGGCGGAGCCGGUGCUGGUGCGGGCCGUGUUCGGGCUGCUGCGGCGGCAGUACGAGGGCCUGAGCGCCCAGAUGGCGGCGCCGCUGCUCAAGGCCUACUGCAUCAGCCCGGGCUCCGUGGAGGACACGCUGGCGCUCCAGAGCGCCCUGGGACGCCUCCGCUCCCUGCUCCGCAUCCGCAUGGGCCGCCAGGAGGAGGCGCUCAUGAUCCAGGGCCUCGGAGACAUCAUGAAUAACAAAGUCUUUUAUCAGCACCCAAACCUGAUGAGAGCUCUGGGCAUGCAUGAGACUGUGAUGGAGGUGAUGGUGAACGUCUUAGGAGAGGGAGAAUCUAAGGAAAUUCUGUUCCCUAAGAUGGUUGCCCACUGCUGCAGAUUCCUCUGUUAUUUCUGUCGGAUUAGCCGACACAACCAGAAGGCCAUGUUUGACCAUCUCAGCUAUCUGUUGGACAACAGCAAUGUUGGACUCGCUUCCCCUUCGAUGCGGGGCUCCACUCCUCUGGAUGUGGCCGCUGCCUCUGUGAUGGAUAACAACGAGCUGGCCCUGGCGCUCACCGAGUCCGCCCUGGAGAAAGUGGUGCAGUACCUGGCAGGUUGUGGCUUGCGGAGCUGUCCCCUGCUGCUGUCUAAGGGCUAUCCUGAUAUUGGCUGGAAUCCAGUGGAGGGGGAGCGCUACGUCGACUUCCUCCGCUUCGCUGUCUUCUGUAACGGGGAGAGCGUUGAGGAGAAUGCUUAUGUGGUGCUGAGGUUACUGAUCCGGCGGCCAGAGUGCUUUGGGCCUGCCCUACGCGGGGAUGGAGGAGACGGUCUCCUAGCAACCAUGGAGGAAGCUAUCAGGAUCUCCGCCGAUCCAAAGCGAGAUGGACGAACAGCAGCUUACGAGUCCAACAGAACUCUUGACACGAUCAAUGAUGAAGAUGAUGACCUCGUCCACCUGGGGCAUGCAAUCAUGACAUUCUAUUCUGCUCUUAUUGACCUGCUGGGUCGCUGUGCCCCCGAGAUGCACCUGAUUGAGGCUGGGAAAGGUGAGGCGAUCCGAAUCCGAGCCAUCCUGAGGUCACUCAUCCCUUUGGAGGAUCUGGUGGGGGUCAUCAGCAUCCCCCUGCACCUGCCCGCGCUGGACACAGAUGGCGCAGUGAUCGAGCCAGACAUGUCCACCGUGUUCUGCCCGGACCAUAAGACCGCCAUGGUUCUGUUUCUGGACCGGGUCUACGGGAUUCCGGACCAGACCUUCCUGAUGCGACUGCUGAACGUUGGCUUCCUGCCAGACCUCCAAGCGGCUCUCAGCAUGGACUCCUCCGAUCUGGCCAGCACUGAUAUGGCUCUGGCGCUCAACCGCUAUCUGUGCACGGCAGCGCUGCCCCUCCUCACCAAGUGCGCGUCCCUGUUCGGCGACUCGGAGGCUCACCACCAGCUGGUGGACUCCCUGCUGCAGGCCGUCUACCGGCUCUCCAAGGGCAGCGUGCUGACCAAGGCCCAGCGAGACGCCAUCGAGGACUGCCUCCUGUCUAUCUGCGGCAAACUGAGACCCUCCAUGGUGCAGCCUCUGUUGCACUGUCUAGUGUUUGAUGUUCCUCUUCUGAGUGACAACACAAAGAUGCCCCUCAAGCUGCUGGCCAAUCACUACGAGCUCAGCUGGAAGUACUACUGUCUGGCCGGAGGCUAUGGAGGCGUGGGGAGGGCUUCAGUGGAGGAGCUUCACUUGUCCAGGCAGCUGUUUUGGAGCACCUUCAGUGCCCUGGCCAAGAAGUCGUACGAUGCUGACUUGUUCCGGCUGUGUUUGUCCUGCCUUGGGGCAGUGGCUCGGGCGAUCCCACCUGACCACCUGGACCCCAGCUGCAGGGGGGGCCUGGAGGAGACCCAUCUUUCUCUGGACACAGAGGGACGCUUCUGUCCGCAGCCCGUGGACACCUCAAAUGUUUCCAUUCCCGAGGGACUGGAGUUUGUGGUGAAUAAAUAUGCUGAGCACACACAUGAGAAAUGGUCUCUUGACAAGUUUGCCAGUGGUUGGGUCCAUGGGGACCAGCUUUGUGAGAGUUCCAAAGUUCAUCCCCUUCUGAAGCCUUAUCGAGCCCAGUCAGAGAAGGACAAAGAGAGCUAUCGCUGGGCUAUAAAAGAGAAGGUGAAGAUAAUGCUGGUGUUUGGUUGGACCAUCGAGAGAACCAAGGAUGGAGACGCUUUGGAAGUGCAUAAUACAGCACAAAGAAUAUCACAGGCCUUACAGCUAUCCUUUGAAGGCGCUUCCACUUUCAGUCCCAAACCCAUUGAUAUGAGCAAUGUGACAUUAUCAUGGGACCAGUAUUCCAUGGCAGAGCAGCUGGCGGACAGUUCCCAUAACAUGUGGGCCAAGAGGAAACAGCUGGAGCUGGAAUCCAAAGGAGGCGGGAGUCAUCCACUGCUGGUGCCGUAUGACUCCUUGCCUGCUCGCGAGAAGACCAGAGUUCGAGAAAGAGCACAGGACGUCCUCAAGUUCUUCCACAUGAACGGAUACAACGUGUGGAGGGACAGGAAGCCUGUGGAGUGUGACUCUCCAGCCAUCGCCUGUCGCUUCGCUUAUGGGGUCCUUCAGCAGGCUCUGAACUACACUGACCAGGCCCAGGGGCAGCUGCUGGAGCUGGGACAAGGAUCAAAAUCUGAACAGGCUCCUUAUGAAAAGCAAAUCAAUUUCUUUGUCAAGGUUGUUUUGCCCUUGGUUGAUCAGUAUCUGAAGUGCCAUCACUGUUACUUCCUGUCCACCUCGACGGAUCUCCUUGGCAACCGAGGGCACGCAUCCAACAAGGAGAAAGAGAUGGUUACCAGUCUUUUCUGCAAGCUUGGGGCUCUUGGGAGGCGAAGGAUAGCUCUCCUUGGAAACGAUUCUCCUUCCGUGACGAGCUGUCUGACCACUUUGGCAUCGUCUUUGGAUGCAAGGACCGUGAUGAAGAGUGCUGCAGAGUCGGUGCGUCUCUCCCUCUGCUCCUUCUUUGAGGAGGCCGCUGCAGACCUGGAGCUGGCGGCGGAGAUCCUGGCUCAGGGCCCUCCUCCCCCCACGACCAGAGCCCAGGGCAGGGGGGCGGCGGGGGACUCCGUGGCCUACACCUCCGAGGUCCUGGUCCCCGUCCUCACCGCUCUCUUCCAGCACACCGCCCAGUGCCAGUACGGCCAGGACCUCAUAGUGGAUAAAGUUCAAGUCUGCUGCUACCGAGUCCUAAUCAGCCUGUAUUCACUUGGCACCUCCAAAAAUACCUACGCAGAGAGGCAGAGGCCGGAGGUGGGGACGUGUCUGGCUGCCCUGACGGCUGCCUUUCCUGCUGCCUUCCUGGAGCCGUCUCUGGGUGAGCACGGCCCUUUUUCCCCCCUGAAUGAUGUAUCCUCUCAUGCUGCAGAAGCCAGUCAUCUCCUCCCCUCUCUGCACACGGCUCUGGGGGAGGUGGAGGAGCUGGUGUUGGCCGGCUCGACCGCACGUCACACCCUGCUGUCCCGGGUCACCGAGGUGACGCUGCCCCUGCUCUGCAGCUACUUCUCCCGGUGGGACGGCGUGGAGGCGGCCGAGGGGGGCAGCUCAUCUCUCGGCCCCGAGCACAGCAGCACUCUGCUGGGCCACGUCCUCUCCAUCAUCCACACGCACCUGGGGGUGGCCGACGGCGCCUGGAUGAAACGCCUGGCAGUUGUGUCUCAGCCAAUCAUUGGCCAGGCGGAACCACAGCUACUGAAGAGUCACCUUCUGCCUCUGAUGGAGAAGUUGAAGAAGAAGGCGGAGUUAGUUCUCAUGGAGGAGGAGCAUUUGAAGGAGGGGAGGGGCGAUACAUCAGAGGCGGAGUUACAAAUCCAAGAAAAGUUUACUGUGUUAGUCCGUGACUUGUAUGCUUUUUACCCACUACUCAUUCCCUAUGUGGAUUUACACAGAGUGAGCUGGUUGAGAGAGUUAACUCCAGAGGCCGAGACGCUUUUCAGUAUGGUGGCCGACAUCUUCAUCUUUUGGGCUAAGUCUCAUAAUUUCAAAUGGGAGGAGCAGAAUUUUGUAGUUCAGAAUGAAAUUAACAACAUGGAGUUCCUGGUCAAUAUUAGCAAGUACACUAGGCCUACAUCAAAGGUGGGUACUGAUAAAGGGGGAGUGGCAGAUAAAGAGAGGAGCAAGGUGAAGAGGAAGGGCGACCGCUACUCCACGCACACCUCGCUCAUCGUGGCCGCCCUGAAGAAACUGCUCCCCAUCGGCCUGAGCGUCUGCUCCGCUGCUGACCACGAGGUCAUAGCCAAGGCCAAGGCCCACCUAUCCCAGAAGGACACUGAGGAGGAGGUCAGAGAGAUCAUCCGCAGGGGCCUUCAGAGGCACAAUAAGGAUUUAUUCAGAGGGGCCUGGGAUCUUGAAGAGCUCAGUGUAGAGCGAGUUUUUGGCAUAGCUCGUGUCUUAUUUCACCUGGACCAGGUUGAGAGGCCACACAGGAAAAAGAAGGCUGUGUGGAACAAACUGCUCUCCAAGCAGCGCAAGAGAGCUGUGGUGGCUUGCUUCAGAAUGGCACCUCUUUACAACUUACCCAGGCACAGAGCAGUCAAUCUCUUCCUGCUGGGUUAUGGUAAAGCGUGGAUUGAGGCAGAGGGCCAUUCUUUUGAAGAUAAGCUAAUAGAGGAUUUGACGGUAAGCAUGCUUAUUGUGUACUUAUUGCCGGGCGAUGAGGAAGAGGGGGGCGCGUCUCACUCCGAUCCUCUCCACCAACUCAUCACACUCUUCAGCCAGAGUGCUGUCACAGAGAGGAGCAGACUCCAAGAAGACACGUUGUUCAUGACCUUUGCAGAGAUCAUGGCUGAGAGUUGCCAUGGGGACGAGGAGGAUGAAGAUGAAGUCAAGUCAUUUGAGGAGAAGGAGAUGGAGAAGCAGAAGCUACUAUACGAGCAGGCCAGACUACACGAGCGCGGAGCUGCCGAGAUGGUGCUUCAGACUAUCAGUGCUAGCAGGGGUGAGAAAGGCCCUAUGGUAGAGGCUACGCUAAAGCUGGGAAUAGCCAUUCUUAACGGAGGAAAUACAGGUGUGCAACAGAAAAUGCUGGAAUACCUGCGGCACAAGCGGGACGUGGGCUUCUUUCAGAGCCUGGCAGGCCUCAUGCAGUCGUGCAGCGUACUGGAUCUCAACGCCUUUGAGCGGCAGAACAAAGCAGAGGGACUGGGCCUGGUGACGGAGGCGAGCUCAGGGGACAAGGUAAUGGCAGAUGAGGAACUGACCUGUGACCUCUUCCGCUUCCUACAGCUCCUGUGCGAGGGACACAACUCAGGUACACCACGCAUAAAACGGAUUAGUUUAAUCUUUCACUUCAUUUGCAAUCAUUCAGAUUUUCAGAAUUACCUCCGGACUCAAACUGGCAACAACACAACAGUGAACAUCAUUAUAUCCACUGUUGACUACCUCCUCAGGGUACAGGAAUCCAUCAGUGAUUUCUACUGGUACUAUUCUGGGAAAGAUAAGAUGGAUGAACACGGACAACGGCAUUUCUCUAAGGCCGUUAGUGUUGCCAAGCAAGUCUUCAACACCCUCACCGAAUAUAUUCAGGGUCCUUGCACAGGGAAUCAGCAGAGUUUGGCUCACAGUCGAUUAUGGGAUGCGGUUGUUGGAUUCCUGCAUGUGUUUGCUCAUAUGCAAAUGAAGCUCUCGCAGGAUUCUAGUCAGAUUGAUUUGCUGAAAGACUUGAUGGAUUUACAGAAAGACAUGGUUGUGAUGCUUCUCUCCAUGCUGGAAGGAAAUGUUGUAAAUGGCACAAUUGGGAAACAGAUGGUGGACAUGUUGGUGGAAUCCUCUAGCAACGUGGAGCUGAUCCUUCGCUUCUUUGACAUGUUCCUUAAACUCCAAGUUUUCACCUUGUCUGAUGCUUUUAAAGAGUACGACCCCGACCGACGGGGGCUCAUCUCCAAGAAGGACAUCCAGAGGGCCAUGGAGGGCUGCCAGCACUUCUCGUCCUCUGAGGCCGACUUCCUGCUCUCCUGCAUGGAGACGGACGAGAGCGAGCUGCUGGACUACCAGGCGUUUGUGAAGCGGUUCCACGAGCCGGCCAAGGACAUCGGCUUUAACGUGGCCGUGCUCCUCACCAACCUGUCCGAGCACAUGCCUGGCGAUGCCCGCCUGCACACCUUCCUGGAGCUGGCAGAGAGUGUUCUCAGGUACUUCCAGCCCCACCUGGGGCGUAUAGAGAUCCUGGGGAGUGCUAAGCGCAUUGAGCGUGUUUACUUUGAGAUUAGCGAGUCGAGCCGGACUCAGUGGGAGAAGCCCCAGGUGAAGGAGUCCAAACGCCAGUUCAUCUUUGACGUCGUCAACGAGGGUGGAGAGAAGGAGAAGAUGGAGCUCUUCGUGGACUUCUGUGAGGACACCAUCUUUGAAAUGCAGCUGGCCGCACAGAUCUCCGGCACGGACGCUGGCGAGGACACGGCAGAGAAGGACGAGGAGGAAGAGGAGGAGGCAGAGCGAGGAAGGCCCAGAGAAACCAGUUUCUUUUCUCUGGCCUCAGCGAUGUACGUUCUCCUGGCUCCCGUGCACUUCCUGGUGAUGCUGACGUCUCUGCUCUCCGUGAGGAACCUCCGAAAGCAUCUGAGGAAGGUCACCUUGAAGGGUCUCAUCAGCUCCAUUUUCUCAUUUCUCUGGAACAUUCUCAUGGGACUGGCUCAAAUGGUCUUUUGCGUCAUCUCCGUCAUACUUCAUUUACUCUACCUGACCUUCAUCAACGGCGGCAUUAUUGAGACGGUUGGGAACAUGACACUCGCUGACCUGGUGAUCGACGUCCCUGACCCCAGCCUCGACGAGGUCACAGGGUUGCGUCUGGGUUUGGGGGAUGGAGUCCGGCAGCGCCUGGAGCCCCUCUCCUCCCAGGAGGACCUGAGUGAGCUGGAGCUGGAUCUGGAUCUCUCCGCCGUGUCCAAAGACCCGCAGGUCCUCACAGACAUCUUCGGACUGCGUCUGAGAAAGGAGGGGGCCAAGGUCAGACUCAUAUCUCAUGAUGCCAGCGCGGGCCUCGGCCAUCUUCUCUCGGCCUCGGACGAGCUUACUGACGCUGCUGAACUCAAAAGAAAACAAAAGGUGCUCGCAUUCAAGACACACGACUGUGAGGAAAAGGAAGAGAAAAUUACUGAAAAAGCAGAUGGAGAAGACGAUGAGAAGGACAAGAGGCCAGAGUGCAGGCAGCGCCAGAGAGCCAGGCAACAGCGCCGCUCCAAGCAGGAGGAAGAGGAUGUCCAGGAGUCAGCUCUCUGGAAAACCUUCAACUCCUAUCAGAGAAGAAUGCUUAAUUGCUUUGCCAGGAAUUUUUACAACAUGCGAAUGCUUGCCCUGUUUGUCGCAUUUGCCAUCAAUUUCAUCCUUCUGUUCUAUAAGGUGUCGUCCGUGGCUGCGGAUGAAGAGGACCUGGAGGGCUCUGCCUGGUCUCACAGCCCAGAUGAUGUGAGCCUGGAGGGGCCGGAGCCAGUGGCGGACUCAGACUCCGACUCCGACUCUGACUCAGACACGGCCUCCUUUGUCCUGGAGGAGAGCAGUGGCUACAUGGCGCCCUGUCUGCGCUACCUGGCCAUCAUUCACACCCUCAUCUCUUUCUGCUCUAUCAUCGGCUACUACUGUCUGAAGGUUCCCUUGGUGAUUUUUAAGCGGGAGAAGGAAGUAGCCCGCAAGCUUGAAUUUGAUGGCCUGUACGUGACAGAGCAGCCCUCUGAGGAUGACAUCAGAGGACAGUGGGACAGACUGGUCAUCAAUACGCCGUCAUUUCCGAGUAAUUAUUGGGAUAAGUUUGUGAAGAGGAAGGUGAUGGAUAAAUAUGGGGAUUUUUACGGCUUGGCGCGGAUCAGCGACCUGCUGGGUCUGGAUCGCGCCGCUCUGGACUUCAGCGCCCAGGGCAUGGAGCGGAGGAGGCCCCGGAGAGAGCGAGAGCUCUCGGCCCUGUUGAGCUCCAUCGACAUGAAGUACCAGAUAUGGAAAUUGGGUGUGGUGUUCACUGAUAAUUCUUUCCUCUACCUGGCUUGGUACAUGUGCAUGUCUGUCCUCGGCCACUAUAACAACUUCUUCUUUGCGGCUCACCUGCUGGACAUCGCUAUGGGCUUUAAAACGCUGAGGACCAUCCUCACGUCUGUCACGCACAACGGCAAACAGCUGGUGUUGACUGUGGGGCUGCUGGCUGUCGUGGUCUAUCUCUACACUGUGGUGGCCUUCAACUUCUUCCGGAAGUUCUACAAUAAAAGCGAAGACGGCGAAGGCCAGGAUAUGAAAUGUGACGAUAUGCUGACAUGUUAUAUGUUCCACAUGUACGUGGGGGUGAGAGCCGGAGGCGGCAUCGGGGAUGAGAUCGAGGAUCCUGCCGGGGACGAGUCCGAGUUCUACCGCAUCGUUUUCGACAUCACCUUCUUCUUUUUUGUUAUAGUCAUCCUGCUGGCAAUCAUACAAGGUCUCAUCAUUGAUGCAUUCGGAGAGCUGCGAGAUCAGCAGGAGCAGGUCAAAGAGGACAUGGAGACUAAGUGCUUUAUCUGUGGCAUCGGUAAUGAGUACUUUGACACGCUCCCCCAUGGAUUUGAGACGCACACGCUGCAGGAGCACAACCUGGCCAACUACCUGUUCUUCGUGAUGUACCUCAUCAACAAGGACGAGACAGAGCACACGGGCCAGGAAUCGUAUGUAUGGAAGAUGUACCAGGAGCGUUGCUGGGAAUUCUUCCCAGUGGGAGAUUGUUUCCGUAAACAAUAUGAGGAUCAGCUCAGCUAAGAGAGUCCAGUUUGCUGCCUAAGGCAAUGCAAUGUGGGUUAGUGGCUGUACUGUAGUUCAUGUCUUUGGAGCUGUUGCACAGAAUCACCCAACAAAAAGAACUGUUACAAAUUUAGAAUCAGACCGUAUGCACAUCGUGCAUAAUUUCACUUACAUGGUCAUUAGUGCUGGUUAAUUAUUUAAUUGCUGUUCACUAUAAAAAAAAUAUAAUGUGCAGUGUAUUGCAGAGUGUGAUUUGAGACUCAGUGUUCUAUUAAAGUAACACCACCAGUGUGAUUGUCUAUUGGCGUCACUUCAGCUACUCAGCCAAAGUGUAUUGUUCAUUAUUCAAAGUAAAUAAGGGGCCGAUGUUCAGUCAGGGCUUUGAUCUGGUAACAGCCGCAUGGCCAAGUGUUAAAAGUCAGAAAAUUCCUGCAAGAAAAGACAAACUGUUGUGUCUUCCCACUUCAUUACUGCUGAUUACUUCCAUACAAAACGGCAGUAUUGGCUCUGCUGGAUAGAAAAAUGGACAGAAAAGCCAAGCAGCUGCUGUGUAUAAAGGUAAAAAAAAAAACAAUGUUGGGCUACCAUGUCCUGGUUGAGUUCAUGCAAUCAUUUUGGAAAAAAGAAGCCAUGUGCAUGCGAGCAUUAGACAGCGUCUCUGUGCUGUAAGUGUAUUUUGGCCUGGCAUUAACCCUUAUUCAGUCCCUGCUCUGCCUGUAAGUGUAUUUUGGCCUGGCAUUAACCUUCAUUCAGUCCCUACAGGACAGCCAUCUUAUCUCUUUAUCGUUACACUCCAGAUUAUCAUAAUAAUAUUCCCGUGUCCUCUUCCUCCUGUCUGCAUACCAUUAAAAUGAGCAGUCUGUUACCGGCUGCAUAUGGAAUAUUUCCUGGCUUGGCUCACUGUACUAUUAUUGGGCCUGCUGCUUACAUCUGUAAUGAUUUGCUUUUGGCCUCGUGCUUGUAUCAGCCUCCCGCUCGCUGUUUCUUCAUCAUUUGCACAAAACCUCCUGCCGCUCCUUUCUUCAAUGUUCCACCCAUGCUUUCUUUACAUCUUCUGGCACCCUACUUCAGCACUCCAUCUCUCUCUCUCUCAUUCUCUCUCUCUCUC